ACUGCCUUCGCCGAGGCAAUGGCAGGACUCGACGACGUUGCGCGCGACGUGGUCAUGGCCAGCAAUGUGCAUGAUAUCCACCAGAUCUUCGCGCGACUGGGCGAUGCCGAAGCAGCGCAUAAGAAAGAAUCACUUAUUCGAAGAGGCAUGAGUAGACUCCGAGGGCCCUUGACGUGGCUCGACGCGGCACUAUCUGCUGCAAGCCCCCUUGCAGCCUUGGAACCAACUGCUUCCAGUGCUUUUGGGAUUGCGAGAGGCGUGACCACGCUUGCGAUCGGAAUCUGCGGCGUAGAGGCACGACUCAGUGGAAACAUCAAACAAAUGCUGGAACAGAUUGCAGUCAUUGACGACUGUGAUAACGUUACGCAAUCGUUUGAGAGCAAGCGCAUCCACAAUGCUCUGGUGACCGUCUACAAGGAUCUUUUGGCAUUCUAUUGCUCGGCUACGGAGAUCUUGACCCGUCAGGCCACUGUCUUGGCUUUAUUGUCGGAACAGCUGAACGAACGACUACCUCCUUUGGUCGACAAUUAUGUGAACGACUCCAAGCUCCUGGGCCAACACAUAAAGAACGCGACCGACGCAUUGUUGAAGAAAAUCGAGGAAAUGCUUAUCGAUGACAAGGUCCAACGAUUAUUGGGAGCUCAGAGGCUGCCCGAGACGAGAAAGCGGCAUAAUGAACUAUCUCAAAGCAUCGCGAAAGAGGCGUGCGAGUGGGCGCUGGCAGAUGAUGCUUUCGCGACCUGGCUCGCUGGCUGUGGCGACGCAACCUUGCUCAGCGAACAACGUAUUCUGGCAGUAUUCGGCGACAUGGGAUGCGGCAAGACAAUCACGAUGGCAUACUUGGUCGAUUACAUCGGUCUUCUCUACUCGUCCCAGAUGCCACGUGCCAUGCGCUGCUACUACUACAUCGUUAGCGACGAAACAGGUCGACCGCUCGAAGUCUACCUCAGCCUGAUCCAGCAGCUCAUGGACCAAAAGUUUUUGAAAAUCUUGUUUGAUCGCUGGGACGAAGAGCUAAAAGGUAAAGGCAUGCUGGGACAGACCCAAGACCCUUUCCUCUUAUCUCAAUUCCUUAUCAAGGCAGUCAAGGCUAUCGAAAGACCCUUGUUCAUCUUUGUCGAUGGUCUUGACGAGUGUCGAGACAGUAUCGACGGCGGAGCAGGUCAUAUCCUCUCCGUCCUGAAGCAAUGCAGCGAGGCUUCACCUCUCGUCCGGGUAUGUGUAUCAUCACGCAAUCAGCAGCACAUCAGGAGCCUCCUUUGCGACAAUCUGAUCAUGCACGUGCCGCGAGCCGCAGCACGGGACGCAUCAAUUGUCACGCACAUUGUAGAGCGAAGGCUAGCAUACCUGGACCCUGAGGAACAAGCUAUCGUGGUUAAGGGGCUUUCCAAGGCGGCAGAGGGCAGUGCCAUUUGGGUCCGGUUGGCCGUGGACUUGCUCGCGAAGCGCAAGAUACAGGCGGCACCGCGGCUCAAGAAAUUCAUCAAAGAGAUACCAGGGACUACUGUCUUGGACCUGUACGCCAAGCUUUAUGCUCAAGUCACCCAGAACGACUUCGAAAACUGCCUCUUGCUUUCGACUGCGCUUGAGAUCCUCGCCGUCGCCGAGAGACCCAUGAGCGUCGCUGAGAUAAGCUGGGCUGUGGCCCUUGCCGAAGAGGAAAGAGAAGGGAGCCCACCAGACAGCGCUUUGUGCGUUGCUGAUUUGGCUGCAAUCGUCGAUCCGGACCGGCUCCUAGACUUUCUGAAUCCAUUCAUUGUCAGUGCCGACGUCAAUCACGGAGAUGAGCACGCCCGACAGGUCCGCCUCAACCAUCACUCAGUACGCGAGCAUGUUCUGCAGUCCUCGCCCCAGCAAUGGGCCCAACUUGCCGCGAAUUCUAGGCUCGCACGGAAUCAGGCGCAGAUCGACAGCCGCAAGGCGGAGCUUCAUGGCCAGCUAGCAAGACAGUGCGUUCGAUAUCUGCUGAUAGACGACCUCAAGAGCCUUGAUUUGUUCACAGCAGAGGAUAAAAACACGCAAGCAUUCGAUGAGAUGGGUGGUCUUGGGCUCAUGGAAGGCUGUUUCAUGGAGGACCACAAGGACGACCCUGCACCAGAGACUGUAGCAGCUACUCGGUUGGACUAUGAUGAAGUGCCUCAUCAAGAGCCCACGAUUCUUUCCGACGCUGAGGCAGAGCAGGGAUAUUACAACCCGACUGAUCGCGGCUUCGGGCAGUUCUUUGUGUAUGCGUCGUGUUAUUGGCUCGAGCAUAUGCACAAGGCGAAUAUUCAGUUGCCGGUCUAUCUAGCCGAUGUCUUAAGUCUGGCCGAUGAGCGGAACAGCUGGGCUCAGAACUGGUGGAAGCAGUUUUAUCGUCCUGACUGCACAGUCAAGGAGGAUGAAUCAAGGCAACGGCCGCACUUUCACGACGUUCUGACUCUGCUUUCGCUCUACGGUUCAGACAGUCAGCUUCGCGAAGCUGUAAGCCAUCAACUAAGUUCUGCUACAGGCUACGACGAUACUGCGCGAAGGAUGUCACCGUUUAGCAACGCUAUCUCGGAAGUGCUUCGCAUCGGGAAUCCAGAGAGACUACCUCUACUGCUGCCACACGAGCGAGGUCGCGAUCUGAAAGAGGUCGCCGAUCUAUUUUGGCUGGUGCUUGAGAACUGGGCGCGAGAUCACCGAAUGGAGACUCGAUCUGGCGACAACGAGGAUGGGAAAUACGGUCCAGUUUUCGAUCACAUGCUGAGAGCUUCUGACUUGCUCAUCGACCAGAAUUGGGGGAAUGAGUUGCUUUGUAUGGCUGCGAGCCAUGGCUGCCUACCUGUGAUCCGGCGACUAUUCAGCGCUGCCAAAGAGUCCGUGCCUUUGAGACAAGAGAUCCUGCGCUGCCCAGAUCGCCAGGGCUGGGAUUGUGCGCAUCAGUCGGUCGGCAUGGCGGCGUGGAAUGGCCACACUGCCGUAGUCGAGUACCUGCUGGCCCAAGACGGCGUGUGCGAGAGUCAUCUACGUUACCGUGACCAGAAGGGGAGCACGGUGCUGCAUAUCGCCAUGCGCCGUGGCGAUGCCCGGAUGAUACGCGUCCUUUGCGAGCGACUGCCCGACGCGGUCAAUGAGAGAAGGGACAAUGGCGACACGCCACUGCAAGUCCUCCUCUUCGAGCGGCGGCCUGUCGAACUUGCUACUAUCCUGCUCGAAUUUGGAGGGGCCGAUGUUCGCGGGGGAAACAUAAAGCCCGGCGGCUGUUGCGAAGUCGGUAACAUGGACGUCGGGCUCAAUGGCGAGCUGAGCGAUUGGCACGAGCCGCUUCGGAUGGCCGCACGGUACGGGGGUCUUGCAAUGUGCCGAGCGUUGGUCGAGGGCUCAGGUCGACAUGACUUACUGUGGGUCGUGGCCUUGCAAAGUAAGGAAAUUGCAGCACAGCUCAGCAGCGAGCUAGGGCUAGAGUAGCCAGCCGGAGGGUGAUCCAGUGCUUCGAGGGUUCACAAACCGCCAGUUCAAGACCUCAUAGACGCUCGCCAUAGCAUUCCAUGUCACUCAUUAAUGGCCAUCUGUUCUGCUCGGGGAUCUUGGUAAGGC